CUACGUCAGCAGCAGCACGCGGAGGCUGCUUACAGUGACGGUGAGCGCGCGGGGCGGUGGUGCAUCCGGCCCUGUUUCGAUCCAACCUGCAGCUCUGAGAGCCGCUGCCGGUACCGGACGGUCCGAGAAGCCCGAUCAGUCCGAACAGGAAACCAUGGCAACGGGCGUCGCGGAGAUGAAGAUGAAGAUGAGGGGAGGGUGACGCAGGGACGGACCGGGCUGCAGGAGGACUCCGGCUGAUCAAUAAUCAGAGCUUCCAGGGUUUCUGCCGCUGCUCCACGGAGAAUCAUGUCUUCCUCCUCUUUCUUGGAGAUGCCCUACUUUUGUCCCCGCUGUGGCGACCAGUAUCGCUUCGCGUCUGUGCCUGAGCUCCGGGCACACCUGGUCAGCCGACACACCUACGAGACCCUGCUGGUGCUGUCACAGGGUCAGGUCAGAAGUUCUAGACCCGCUGCUCUCCUCCCACUUCCUGGACCAACUGUAUCCCAGAGUAAUACAUCUUCUCUGAGCAUGGACACCCACAGCUUCCCCCUGCCGCUGGCCUGCUUGGACCUCGCCUCCUCGUCGGCCUCCAUCCAGCUGCUCAGGGAAAUGUUCAGCCCACCAGACCGGGCUCUGCCAGCCCUUCCAGGCCAGGGACAGGACCCCUCUACUGCUCUGGCCCUACCUGUGUCUCUGGACCUGUUUCCUGGGAGCGAUGUGGGGGUCCUGGGGCUGGACUUUACACUGUCGGUGGAGAUUGGGUUGGAGGAACGACUGGGACUUGGACUGGAUCAUAAAAUUGCCCGGACCUUUGCAGAGGUGGAGGAGAGGGUGAACCAGCGUGUUGGACGACUGAAGGCGGAGCUACGGAGGAGGGAGGCGGAGCUUGAACGUAAGAGGCGGCAUAGGGAGCGGCUGAAGAGGGAGAAGAAGGAGGUGGAGGACAGGGCGGCCUACUUGUCGAGACAGAUGUCAGCUGCCAUGGAGAUGAUGGAGCGACUGAAGAAAAAUCUGGCAGAGAAAGAGACAGAGCUGAGUGAGCGACAGCAGGAGAUGGCAGACGUGGAGCUUUUUCUGAGGCAGACAGCAGAGAAAGAAGCUGAGGCCAAAUCCAGACUGCAGGUGUUCAUUGAGGCGUUGUUAGAGCGAGCUGACCGAGCAGAAAGACAGUUACUGCUGCUCAGCCACAACCACUUCACACACGGCGGCGGGUUUGAAUACACCGAGCCGUAUACACCCUCAGAGGUGUACUCACCUGUACCUGGACGAGCCGGACGCAGUCUGGACGGUAGCACCGAUGACAUCAUCGCCAACAAGAUGCAGGAAAGCAUUGGCAACAGGAGAAGCUACAGUGUCUCAAGUUCCUACAGACUGGGAGAGCAGAUGCACAGCCACCAUCAUUACAGUGGUCUAAAUGAGCAAAUGCGGACCUUAUCUCUGGGCUCCGGUGGCUGGGACUGUGAGGGAGGACUGGUCCACUUCCACCCGUUUCUCUACGCUCCAUGUUGGACUCCGCAAGAAAGAGAGGGAUUCAGACGGAGGGAGAGAGUCUGGGUCGGAGAGGAAGGAUGGGGAAGAACCUGGAGCAAAAGAAGCAGUCGUCACCACAGCACCGAGGAAGAUGAGGAGGAUGAAGAAGAGGAAGGCUUGUGGAGCAGUGCUGAGAUGAGGCAGCACACACCUGGAACAGACACGCCCUCCUCCAUUAGCUCCACCCCUUCCUGCCAUCACGCCAGCGGGCAGCCUGGAGUCGACACCCUAAGGAUGAGGGCAGGGCUUUUCUGUGUCUUCCCAUAUUUGGAUGUGCGCUCGUUGCUGCGUGCAGCUGAGGUGUGCUGUGAUUGGCAGGUUGUUGCCAGGCACCCAGCAGUAUGGACUCACCUCCGACUGGAGGACGCUCGAGUAUCAGCUGAGUUCCUGCAGACUCUGUCUCAGUGGUGCACUCAAGCUCAGUCUGUGAUCCUCAACAACCUGAAGCCUCGAAGCCGCCGGGCUGACGAGACGAGAGAGGAUUACCGCAAAAACACACGAGGCAGCGUGGAGCCAGGCGUCGAGGCGCUGCUGCAGUCAGCAGGAGGAAGUCUGCUCCACCUCUCCAUCUCCCAGUGUCCCCACAUCCUCACUGACAGGACGCUGUGGAUGGCCAGCUGCUACUGCAGGAACCUGCAAACACUCACAUACAGGAGUUCCUCAGAUCCAGUCGGUCAGGAGGUUCUCUGGGCCCUGGGUGCUGGCUGCAGGAACAUCAGCAGACUGCAGGUGACUCCAGCACACCCCAGCCAACAGCCGACUCGUUUUGGAAACCGCUGCUUGCAGACGAUUGGCAGAUGUUGGCCACGCCUCAUUUCUCUCAGUGUGGGCGGGGCUGGCUGCAGUACUCAGGGAUUAGUUGCUGUUGUGAGCAGCUGCACUCACCUGCAGUUGCUGGAGUUGGAGCGUAUUACUGACCUGAGCCUGCAGGUAGCAACAGAGCUCUGUAAAGCUGGACUGAAGAGUCUGCAGGUGCUGGUCCUGACGCACACGCCGGUCAGCGGUCAAGCCAUCCUGCACUUCCACAGUGUGUGCAGUGACAUCAGGUCCAUUCUGGUGGACAUUUCAGUGUCAGAUUACUUUGAAGAGCCGGAUACUCAGGAAGCUAAACAUCUGUUUGGAGAAAUUCUCAGCACACUGAAGGUUCUUCAGACCCGUCCCGGUCUUUGUGACGUCCUUCAAGUUAAAGCUGAUGGUUUCUCCUGACCUCAAAAGUCUCAUUUAUACUUCCAGGAAGACUCAAGGAUCUUCUCUGACUGUCCUUACCUCCAAGUCUAUGCCUAAAGAUUCAGAAAAAGGACACAUUUAUCUCAUUUAAACCAUUUUUCAUCAAAAACUUAGUGUUUGAUAAAAGAAUAUAUUUAUAUUUUUUUCCAGUUUAUAAUUUUAACUAAAAAACAUCUGUUUGCAAAACCUAUUUGCAGGUUAUUAGGAUCAGUCAGGCUCAGCAGUGGUUUGGACCUUUCAUUGGAAAGUGGAAACAUCUAUUUCAGAGCAGAUGUUCCCUUUCUUCGAUGGAAACAUCUGACACAGAAUCAGUAUGGUCAUUUCAGGACAGCUCAUUUCUGUUUACCGACAAGUUUAUGGAAAGCUGCAAGAAGAUCCGAGACUCGAAAAGGGUUGUUGAACUUCCAAAAUGCAAAAUAUCGUAUUCAAAAUUUACAGAAAACAAUCAAAUGUAGACAAAAAGAUGAAGCCAGUGCAGCCCAGUAACAUGCUGAGAUCCAAACCAGUGUUCAGUAGGGUUGCUAAUACUUUAUGGGCUGCUUUAAGUAAUCACAUUGCACCAUUUUAAUACAACUUAUCCAAAUUUAAGAUUUUAAAUUCAUAUAUACUCAGUUUUUUAUUAAAGCACACAGUGUUUUCUCUCUUUGCCUCCUAAGUUUAUUUUAAAAACAAAAUGGUGCUUCGAGGCAAAACAAUGAAACUGUAAACCCUAGAAAUUACCAGUUUUGAGAAUGCCCUAAGCUGCCUCUGAAUAUUAGUUCCUUGACACAGGAUUUUAUUAAUUUAUCUGUUUUAAACAGAAUAAACUUAUUAUUUGCUUUUUAUGACCAAAACCUCCAAUAAAAUCUGCUUUACAGAGGCUUGAAUAAACUGCAGCCUUUUGUUAUGGAGAGGUUUCAGUCCUGAAGAAAGCUGCCACUUUCCACAUUUUCCAGAUGCAUGAUGGGUAAAAACCCUCUGAGAAACGUAGUGUUUUAGUCAUGGUAGUAAUUAAACCAAUGUUUGGUCACUUGUUGAAAUAUUCCCUUUUCUUCCACACUAAAGACCUUUUCGCACAUCCAAACCUAUAGUUUCAGCUUCCAACUGAACAGCACUUAGUAUUUAUGCAUCCAUAAAAACCCUUUUUGUUUUUAAUCUAUUUUAGAAAAUAACUCUAAAAGCACAACUUCUCCUUUAAAAAUCCUUAUAUUAAUACUUUUACCCUAAAGUCGCCAAACCUAAAGGUCAUAAUCCUUGCUAGAGUGAUAGAAAACCUUUAGAUUUUUCCCUAAAUUUAAAUAAAACCUUGAAUGUUACCUCAAUAAACAAGCACAAAAGCACACAGAAGCACAAAUACCUUUUGGAAAGGAAAGUGAUGCAUGAGUCAAUCAGCUGCAGGGGUGUUGGUGGAAAAAUAUGAUUAUAUGUGAGGUUUUACCAUCAAUAAAUUCCUUUCUCAUCA